AGAGCCGUGUCGUUGAGAUCCUGUCAUUCGCUGGAAAAGUUUUAGACGUAAUUAAAUUUACAGUUUUACAGAGCAAAUUGUUUGUAUUGGUUCAAAAUGCAAGGACUUUCCUUAUCUAGCUUGAAAAGGCACCCUGCCCUGAUUCCUUUAUAUUUUUUCACCGGGCUUGGUGCCUUCGGAGCUGCUUUUUAUGUAUUUCGUUUAGCAACAAAGAACCCUGAUGUUACAUGGAACAGAAAGACCAAUCCUGAACCUUGGGAAGCCUAUAGGAAUAAGCAAUACAAGUUUUACUCCCCUGUGAGAGAUUAUUCUAAGGAAGAAUGCCCAGCUCCAAAAUACUAAAUCAAAGUUAGAUCCUGAAGACAAGGGUCUAUAAAGUAGUGCAUACUAAUUUAAAUAAUUCCGAAACAUAUUCUGUAUAAACAAAUUAAAUAAAUGUCUGGAUAAAUA